AUGGGGUAUCCUCCCCCACAGACUCAGGUAGAUCCCAUGACCAUGGGUUCACAGCCUUUUCUCUCGCUACUAUCAUCCCAUGGUUAUCCUAUGGCCCAACUUGGGAACCCAUCCUUUAUUAGCCCAUCUGGGAACCCAUCAUUUAUUAGCCCAUCUGGGAACCCAUCCUUUAUUAGCCCAUCUGGGACUUCAUCAUACCAUCAGACUGGGGGAUCUAGUUUUCCUCAUCCCUCACAGGUACCCCCACCCUUCAUGCAGUCUGGGAUCUUUCCAGAUCCCACACAGGUACCUCUGUCGUCCCAGCAUCCCACAAACACACCAUCAUCAUCCACGCUUUCGAGGUCCCACACCCCACCUACCACACACAUGCCCUCAUCAUCCACGCAUCAUGGGGGAUCUCGCACCCCACACCCACCACGUGCCACAGAUAUACCCGUGCCUGAGGAGCAGGAGGAGCAGGAUGACCAGGAGCAGCAGGAUGACCAUGUUUUAGAGCAACCAACUGCAAAUCCCACAGAGUAUGAGAUGAUUGAUGGCAGAUAUUUUAUUGAGCCAUGUGGAAAAUCGUAA